AUAAACGGAGCAGCUCUUCUGUUUUUACAGGCGAUAUGCAGAGGUUUUAAUUACCGUUGUUUACAACGUUGCACUAAUCUGCCAUUUCAUAAACGAAACGUAUUACAGAGAAACUCCUGCUGAAGCGACUGAGCUCCACUAUUAUAAAGAUGGCCUUUAUUAAAGAGGAGAGUGAAGACCUGAAGAUUGAGGAAACAGUCGUAUAUGAAGAUGCUGAGCAACAAACAGAUCUGAUGCAUUUGAAUGAGGAGAUUGAAGAACUGAAUGAUGUCAAGGAAGAGAAAGAUCUUGAGGAAGAACAACACUCCAUGUCUGGCAAAAACAUUUCUGGUUCCCAGACUGAAAGUACAUCACUGAAAACCGCUCCGAAUGAAAGAGCUGCAAGUUGUUUCAUCUGCCAACAGUGUGGGAAAGGUUUCACUACAAACAGAAAACUAAAUAUCCACAUGCGAAUCCACACCGGAGAGAAGCCUUAUGCAUGUCAACAGUGUGGAAAAUGUUUCGCUGAGAAAGGCAACCUUAAAAGCCACAUGAUAACCCAUGAUGACACUGGAGAAAGACCCCACACAUGCGAGCUGUGUGGGAAAAGCUUCACUAGAAAGAGAUAUCUUGAUGUCCACAUGAUGAUUCACACUGGGGAGAAACCUUGCAGAUGUGAACAGUGUGGGAAAAGCUUCUCUAUAAAGAAAUACCUCGAUGUUCACAUGAGAAUUCACUCUGGGGAAAAACCUUACACCUGCCCCCAGUGUGAAAUAAGCUUCAUUCACAAAAACAGCCUCAAAAGGCACAUGAGAAUUCACACUGGGGAGAAACCUUUUGCGUGUCCACAGUGUGGAAAACAGUUUACAAGAACUACGAACCUUGAAGUUCACAUGAGAGUUCACACUGGGGAGAAACCUUACGAAUGUGAGCAGUGCGGAAACUCUUUUACUACACACAAAAAACUUGAAGUCCACAUGAAAACUCACACUGGAGAGAAGCUUUAUGACCAGUGUGAAAAGACAUAUGAAAGUCAUAUGAGUGAGAAGCCUUACAUUUGCCCUCAAUGUGGGAAACACUUUAAACAUAAGUCAACACUUACUCUCCACAUGAGACUUCACACCGGAGAGAAGCCUUACACAUGUGAACAGUGUGGGAAAAGCUUUUCUCGGAAAGACUGCUUUGAAAGCCACAAGAGAAUUCAUAUGGAUGUGAAGCCUUACAUUUGCCCUCAAUGUGGGAAAGAUUUUACCCUAAUCAGGUCGUUUAAUCUGCACAUGAGAACUCACACUAGAGACAAGCUUUUCACGUGUGGUCAGUGUGGGAAAAGCUUUGUUCAGAAAUGCAACCUGGACAGCCACAUGAUUAUUCACACUGAAGAGCGGCCUUUUGUGUGUUGUCAGUGUGGAAAGUGCUUCAGAAGCAAAUCGAAUCUUAAGUCCCACAUGAAGGUUCAUUCAAAAGAGAGCUGUUAUAUGUGCCGUCAGUGUGGGAUGAGUUUCCCGGACAGCGGUCAGCUUAGAGAUCACGUAAAAACUCACAUUGGAGAGAAGCCCUACAUGUGCCUUGAGUGUGGAAGGUCUUGUACGAAGAAAACAAGCCUCAAGAUUCACAUGAGGAUUCACAGCGGAGAGAAGCCUUUCACCUGCUUAGAGUGUGGGAAGUGUUUUUCUUGCAGCAAGGGCCUGAAGUUUCAUUUGCAAAGUCAUUUUGGAAUAAACCUUAAAAUGGAACCAAUUAUGCACCAUUCAACUUGAAAUGAUGUUAAACGCUGAUGUGUUUCCACAACCAGCAAAUAACAGAGGUCACCAGUCUCGAACCUGGAGUGCUGGUGUCGCUGCAGAGUUUAGCUCCAACUUGCCUCAAUACACCUGCCUGGAUAUUUCAAGUAUACCUAGUAAGACCUUGAUUAACUUGUUCAGCUGUGUUUGAUAAGAGUUGGGGCUAAAUUCUGCAGGACACCGGCCCUUCAGGAACAAGUUUGGUGACUCCUACUAGGAACUGUCAAUGGAUGUUGUCAAUUUAAGUGCCAUUUUUAGGAUGCGGUGCCGGUCCGUACUUAAUGCAAGCCCUUACCCGGUGGUUUUUAACCCUGGUCCUGUGGUCCCACCACACUGCAUGUUUUGUGUGUCUCUCCUAUGUGACACAUACAGCUCAGUUCAUGCUUCUCUUUGAUAAUAAGCUGAUGAUCCAAAUCUAGUGUGUUAGAUUAAGGCAGGGGUGUCCAAACUCUGUCCUGGAGGGGCGGUGUCCUGCAGAUUUUAGCUUCAACUUACCUCAACACACCUGCAAGGAUGUUUAGAGAAAGCCUAGUAAGAGCUUGAUUAGCUAACCCAGUUGUAUCUGAUUGGGGUUGGAACUAAACUUUGCAGGACAUCGGCCCUCCAGGACCGAGUUUGGGCACCCCUGGAUUAAGGAGACAAGCGAAACAUGCAGAGCAGUGGGUCCCUAAGAUCAGAAAUCCAUUAAAAUUGAUCUCAACAACUACACCAGGGGUGACCAACCUUGUUCCUGGUGAUCUACCUUCCAGCAGAUUUCAGUUACAACCCAUGUCUAACACACCUGCCUGUAAUUAUCAACUGCUGUUCAGGUCCUAAUUAAAUAGUUCAGGUAUGUUUGAUCAGGGUUGGAGCUGAACUCUCCAGGAAAGUAGUUCUGCACUAACAGGGUUGAGCACCCCUGAACUACACACUUGGUUCCACUGUAAAGCUCUACCAUUGAAGUUCUCUCAGGCCAGAAAAUACUACAGGUUUUCCUCAAACACGAGUUCUGGAGGACAUCCAGCUUUCUCAAGUCAUUCUGCACCACUCUCCAACAUUUGGAGCUGUAUAUAGUUGACUUUAUAUCACUUUUAUACAGUUUGAUCUUUGUUAAACUUUUGCUUAAGUUGUACAGUUUGGAAUUUGUGACGGGGCUUGAAAUUGUGACCAUUUUGGUCGCAUAUGGGGCCGACGUUAAAUCUUAAAAUAAAUUUGGGAGCAUUAGAGGGAGUGCAUGUAAGGGUUUUCAUAAGAGCUGUUUUUGUUUCUCUGAAACGUAUGUGCCUUCGCUGUGCUGAUACAGUGAUUGGUCAUUUAUGCUUUGCAGAUUUUAUACACUAUGUUGGUAUAUACUAUAUGUUAAUCUGAUCAUAUGGUGAAUGUAAAUGCACCAGCCCAAAAAUAAAGCAGUUUUUGGAAAGACUGUUUGAAAGACUGAUUAGCUUGGCCAUGAAAAUGACUCAAUGCAUGCUUUCACUAUAAAGCCUGUGGGAUGUAUUGACCACUGAAUCUACAUAUUUUAUAUACAGGAGCUUGGUUAAACCGAGAGAAUGCCAAACAAGAAAUGCAGGGACAUGUGCUUGGCAAAAAGUUUUCAAGUUGAGUAUCACGUUUCUAUAACCUUUCAUUAAAUUGGCAUUCAAUUAAUUAAAUGAUGAUGAAUCUUGGCCAGAGUCUAGCGAGGAUUCUGCGAGUCUUCCCAAGACGUGCAAUAAUGUCAUUUAUGAAUUGUCAGCGCUAUCUAGACUUCCCAUAUAAGACGUUUUCUCUACCAUUUCUUGUGGGUUACUAUCAGCAAUGAUAGGUUUGUUUACAUUUGAUGGACAUAAUUUGAUCUUUGGUAGGGGGACUGAAUUUAAAAACUGUAUGUUUAGCAAAGUUCUGCAGACUAGUUGUUUUCUCCAGCAGGUGGUUCUACUUGAGGAAUUAUAUAGCAAGGUUGUCUGCAAAGUCUAGAUCAGAGGUCACCAAUCUUGGUCCUGGAGGGCUGGUGUCCCUGCAGAGUUUAGCCUCAACACACUUCCUAAGAAGUUUUAAAGCUGCGUCUGAAAUCGCAUACUUCCAUAUUAUAUAGUAUGCUAUAAUCAGUAUGUGAGCCGAGUAGUAUGUCUGAAUUCAUAGAAAUAAAAAAAACACUAUGUAAGAAUUACUUAAAUGACCUACUACUUCUGCCGAGACUCUAAAGUGCACAUUGAAUGGAUGAAUGAGAGUGAGGUGAUGCAAGUGACGUGGGUAGGUCACGUGAUGAUGACAAAAUGGCGGAUGUAGUACAUGCGAGUUCCAGUAUUACUACUGACAUUCAUACUGUAUUGAAUCUACUUUUCUAACAGGGAGGCCAUGAUGGUUAAGGGCUGAUAGAGGGAAUUUGGCCAGGACACUGGGGCUACACACCUACUCUUUACCAGAAGUGCCAUGGGAUUUUUAAUGACCACAGAGUGGACCUCGGUUUAACGCUUUAUCGGAAAGAUGACGCUUACUGACAGUAUAGUGUCCCCUUCACUUUACUGAGACAUUAGGACCCACU